AAAGAACAACAAUCAACAGCAACGACUACAGAGAACAUCCAGCCAAUACUUCCGCUCUUCAGCUCCUUUCGACUUUGACCGACUCCUUACUUUCCACUGUCAGCCUCGAGUGCCAUGUCCCGUCCAUCAAUAGAAAUGAACCUCCCUCCUUCACUCCUCAACUUUUAUCAAAAACAGCAAGAAUACGCCGGUCUUCAGGCUUUGCGCGAGGCAUCUGCGGAUCUUGUGGCAAGGGCUGAGAAGCUCGCAGAGAUGUCUAAUAUAAUGGCAGAUGGGGGAGAAGCGAUUGGUGGGGUGUUGAGAAAUUGGCCCCACGUCUUCUCCAUCCUCAGCCUUUUCACGGCCCAAAUGGAAAAAGCUUCUGGAGACCAUUCACGGCAGGAAGAUGAGGACGAAGAGCCUCUCCCUUGUCUCGUACGCUUAGCAUACGGCGGCGAAACAGCCUCUGUAGAGAGCUCCGCACCGACGACCACCACCGCAUCUGAUAAAACAAAACAGUAAUGAGAUAUCUGUCUUAUCUAUCAUCUUAGAUUCCUUCAUUACCUAAUCUCCAUCCAUUGGGAGAGAAUUAUCGUCUUGUGAUCAUAUGAGUGUUUUGGAUUUAUGAUAUCUGCCGAAUCGUGUAUGUACCAUUUUCACAUCU